UCCACAUUGUUCAGUCCAUCAGUAACAUCUGGUCAUUAGACUGGUUUUAGUGUUACAGUCGCGGCUUUGCCGAUGCACACUUUCUUCUUCUCCAUCAUCUCCCGAGAGGACAGAAAUCAAAGUUCUUAAUUUUUUAUUGUAGCUUCAACCAAAAACACGAAAAUGCCCAGCAAAAGGAAGAAGAACAAGCGCCGCAUGAGAAGGGUGCAGGCCCAGAGGAGAGUCCUUGAGGAGCAGCAUGCUGCUGGCACUGGCAAAGGGACCCCAGGAGUGGCUGCUGUGGCCGCCCCCCCUGUUAAUGUCAAAGAAGUGGCAAAGUGUCCCAAGCUUGUCCCCAUACAGACUCAAGUAGUAAGCGUCCCCGUUGUAGCGCUGCUGGCCCCAGUCAAAGUACCGGAGCCUAAACCUGUGGUGGCGGCGGUAGAGGCUGAAGUGGUGGCAGCAGAGGUUGAAGUUGAGGCACCAGUCGAAGCUCCAGUAGAGGCUGAAGUGGUGGCAGCAGAGGUUGAAGUUGAGGCACCAGUCGAAGCUCCAGUAGAGGCUGAAGAAGCCACAUUGGAGGUCGAAGCCCCAAUUGAAACCCCAGAUGUGGUCGACGGCCCAGUCGAAGCCCCAGAAGAAGUCCCAGUUGUAGAAGUGGAAGUCCCAGCAGAAGCUCCAGUGGGGCCCCCUACAGAAGAAACUUCAGCAGUGCAGGAGGUUGAAGAAAGCGUCAUUCCAAAGACGGAGCUAGUAAUGGAGGCCGCAUCCAUCCCUGAGGCUCCCGUGUCAGCUCCUGCCGAAUUUGAGGUCCAGGUUGAAGACUCCGUAGCCAUUACCACAGAGAUUGCACAGACGCAUGACGAGCCGUUGGUCAAGGCCGACGUGGAGGCUGAAAUAGUUGCCGAGGUCCAAGCGGAGGUCGAGACAGUAGUCGAGCCAGAACCAGGGCCAGUGGUCGAGGCCGACGCUGCCCCAGUAGUGGAAACUGAAGUUGAAAUUGAAGAGGUGGUGAUCGACGCAGAGGACAGUCCUGUGAUUGAAGCUGAGGUCAUUCCUAUGGUCGACACAGAUGCCAUUCCUGAAGAAGUUGAAGUAGAGGAGGCCCCAGUCGUCACAGAGGAUGAGCCUGUCAUGACAGAGGCACCUGAAGAGGUUCCAGUUGAAACAGAAAUUAUCCCAGAAACGCCGUCGGAGCCCGUGGAAGCCCCAGUUGAAGCCCCCGUAGCCGAGGUCGCUCCCUCAGAACCCCUUGGAGAGGCCCCAGUAGACCCUGUCAUCGAUAGAGUGGCCGACGACUUUAUCGUCACAGAAUCUGUCCUCACUGUCGAGGCAGCCAUGGCUGAGCCUGCCAUCGAGGAGCAGGUGCCCGCAGUCCCAACAGAUGCACUUGAAGCCCUAUCGGAGUCGCGGAACGACGUCCAUCCAGUACCUGAGCCCGCCCCUGUCACAGCUGAUGAAGUCAUCGACGAGGCAGAAUGUGAGGAGGAAGAGGUGACAAAGAUUGGGGAGAGAGACUACACACUUCCACCCGAUUACCGGCCCUUUCCGGAGGACCUGCUGGCUACAGAGGAAAUUGAAGCCCAGAUGGAAAUUGAGGCCAAAAAGGACGCCAUUGAUGAGAAUACUGCCCUGGAUGUCCUCUCUGGAGAUUUCUCAGCCCCCCAGCCUGUCAUCUCAGAACUGCAGUGUCACACGCAGCUCAUCUCCACACCCGUAGAGCUCGCCACCAGGGAUAUCCCAGCAGAGGCAGCACUGAAUGGACACAUGGCAACUGAGGUGGCCAUUGAGGGAUAGAUCUUUGCAGAUUUCCUCAGUCAGUAUGGAGGACUGAAGUGAGCCUCACGGGGAGCCGACCAGCAAACUUUACUUUUCAAUAUUUAGGGCUUAAAGGGACCGGGAAAUUAAACGGACAUCCAACACUAAAAGUGCCUUUCCUGCUUAGGUUCUCACCAAAAGAAAAUCAAACACAUUUUAAAUGCAGCAUCGAGGUGGGGGAAUAAGAGUCUUUGGAUCAGAAUGUGACUAUUUGGAAUGAACAAAUUAUGGCUUCUUUCAUAGAUUUUUCUGUAUCCCAAUGCAUGUAUUGUGGAUUUGCAUCGAUUGUAAAUGGCAUACAUUGUGUAUGAAUACUGUAGAAUUAAUGAAUGUGGCAAUGGCUUGUCUUCACAUUUGGACCAUGUUUGUAUGGAUGGGAGGGGUAUUUCCUUGUACGUGUUUUCUACAUGCUAACUACACCAGGCACGAGCGUGCGUCUGCGUGCUCCAUCAUGUGCAUGUUGAUUUUGUCCAUCCACACCAGACGUGAUUAGGACUUGCAGGUUGAAAUAUCAAAACGAACUCUGAACCAGCUAUAUUAAUUUGGGGACAGGUCAAAACACAUUAAACAUUCAUGGUCAUUUAGCUAGCUAGCUCGCUGUUGCUAACUAAUUUGUCCUGGGAUAUAAACAUUGGGUUGUUACUUUACCUGAA